CGAUCAUUCAGUUUGCAUCCGACAGCCAACCAUCCAACAGCAUUCGUGUAAAAGGUGUAUAGCGUAUCAAGAUUUUGCUAAAUCGCCUCAAGAGGUAUUUGCAAACUGUGCUUAGUGAAUUCAAAAACAGGUACAAAAAAUUCUUGCCUAGAUUUGUCAACCCAGUGACACUUGGGAAGAAGAAGAAUAUAAUCUAAAUAUUUCACCACCAUCAAUUCCUAACCAAAAUUGGAGUACGAGAAGAAACUGCGAUUCUCCCCACCUUACAAGAGCAAUCAAGCAUUUCCUUAAAAGUAAAAAAAGUCUCAUCAUCAACCAGCAGUAGCACCCAACCAACCUUUACGAGAAAAAAAGUCUAGUCAUCUCAAGAAAAAGUAUUUCCACCACAAGUCUCAUCUCGUGUCUUCUCUAAUCAAGCAAACCGAAACUAAACGACCCGUUUUUAUACCACGAGUCUCAUUUUUCCCCCUUAAAAAAAUCUAAGAUUUUACUUACGCUUAUUUGCUCUACAUUUUAACCAUCAAGUUAGUUGGUGGGUUAUCUAUUUUAUUUAUCACUGUGCGUGGCCGCCUCGCUUGUAUCAGGGUAGUCAGUACGUAAAUUGAUAAAUUUUUAUUCCACGAGGACCUUUGUGGUUUGGUUAGUUGUUGGUUGACUGACUCAUUUUUGGCACAAAUUUCUCUCCCCUGUUCAAUUUUACCACCGGAUUCGCCACAGAGUCAGAAGUAAGUAGUGUGCCUACUAUUUCGCGAAAAAGGGCCACCCGGGUCGGACAGCCGAAGUAGGAUCGAUUUUCUACCGGAGUUCGGGCUGGGCACUUUCUCCACCACUUUUCACCACACCACGAGACUAAACCAAACCAAACCACCGACAGAUCUGCAUUCCAUUACACACUGCCAGCCCAUCAACGUCGUCUUAUCGUCGGUCCUGUCUUAUCUUCUCCCCGCCGUUCUUUUCCAGUCGGUUAUUGAAAUCCCGGCCAACAAACGACUAUUUUACGAGACAAGUUUGUUCCUCAUUCGAAAAGAAAAAUAUAUAUUGGUGUCUUGUUCAUGAAAUAAUCUUCUUUGCGAGAGAGAACUGGCCUUGACAUUUACCGUGUCCCAGUACACACUACUGACUUUGAGCAUUCUGCAGCAAAACAGACGGACGGAUUUACUCGCAUUCUUUGCACAAAAGUGUGUCAACAACGUUUGACAUUCUACUCCGGGAGUAGUUUUUUUAACGAAACUUUAAUUCAGAAACUUUAUCCCGUUGGAGAUAUUAUAUAAACAAUUUUUAGUGGAAACCUGAAAAGCGGAAGAAGAAGCAUAAUAAUGUGGGUUACGAGUUGGGUUGGGGUCGUUCUCAUUGCAUUGUGUCCGAUUUGGAACAUUUGCAAUGCCGAACAGUCCCUUACAGACAUCCUGUUAAGAUUCGAUGACUUGUCUGAGUUCUUGAGCUUGGUACGAGGAAGUCCAUUUCUAAACGCGUCCCUCCCGUGGCGACAAGGAACGCUUUUCGCCCCCACCAAUGACGCCAUCAGGAAGCACCGACACCUCGGAGGACGGAUCGACAACCAUACUCUGCUCUAUCAUUUCGCCAACGUGGCCAAGAGGACAUCCGACUUGGAGGAUAUUUUAUCCACCGAACUUCCUGGAAACCCUCCAAUUUGGAUCACACGAAAUCCACGAUCUGACUCCGACAUAUACUUGAAUGAUGCCCAGAUCGAUUCUCGGCGAAGGAACUUUCAGAUUAAGAAUGCCUUGGGAAUGGAUCAAGUGCUUCACGUAAUCGACCGGGUCCUCGAUCCAACCGUUCCUGACUCAAGCGACAAUAAUUUACUCAAUCCGGAUGCAAGAAAGUUUUUAGAGUAUUCAUCUUCUUACAAUAUCACUGGGAAUCAUCGCAUCACUGAGUUUGCAAGACGGGCAGCCAUGCUGCACAAAUUGGACAUGUUUAAGGGUAUUGGACGCCACACGUUUUUCAUUCCUGUCGACGAAGCAUUCAAUCGAAUUCAGAUCAACACGGUGGACAUCAAGGUCAUCGAUAGUCACGUAAUUCCCAAUCAUGUAAUAUUUCUACGUCCUUCAGAGCUGCAACCUCCCAAGCGAUUAUACGACACGGCAGCCAUGGCCCCAUUUUUCCCCGUUUUGGUGGAAGUCGAAAAGGAAGAUCAGGAGGAUAAGUACAUUGUACGAUCGGACACGCGAUCCGCCACUGACCAGUUUCAUCUUCGAGGUGUCGUCCAAACCGAAGUGGUAAAAGGGAACAUUCCCGUCAAAAAUGGUGUUGUUCACCUCAUCAAUAAACCAUUGGUCGUUAUCGAUUCCACCGUGUAUCAAACCUUGGCGGGAGAAAAUGUGGUCGGUACUGGCUCUAACGAAAAGGAAAAUGGGCCCACGUACGAAUUCUUCAAGUUGAUCUCGGAGUACGGUUCAGAAGAUUUGAAAAACAUAAUUCAGAGACCACAAGGCAACAAGGGAAUCACAAUCUUCGUCCCGAGCAAUGCGGCCUUGCUGAGCCCAACCCUUGGAGAAUUAAAAGGAAAGGUCAAAGAGUUGAAUGACAUCAUUAGGUUGCACAUCGUUUUGAAUACUGUACGAUCCGAUAACAUUACGGAAGCUAGCGAGAGGGCACCAUUCCAAGUGGAGACUUUAUCCCCACAAAAGCAAUUGUUUUUCAACUACCAGACCAUCGACGGCCGACGAGUCUUGUAUGUGGAGGGAGGUGGCGUGAAUGCUACUAUUACUCAACCGGAUAUUGGAGCAACAAACGGUGUUAUUCACAUGAUUGACCGCAUCUUGAGCUAUGCUGACCAAAACGUGUACUCAAAGCUGCAGACCGACCCCAUGCUCCAGAAAACGUUCGAGUUGACUUCACAAGACUAUUUCAAUCGGCGAUUCAAUGAUUCCAAAUUGAAAUUCACCCUAUUUGCUCCGAGCAACUUGGCAUGGGAGAAAAUAUAUCGGAUUGCACCAUCUGAAUAUAAGAAGCUACAAAUGGGAGAGUUUGGCUACCAUGUUGCAAAGAUUAUUGAACGCCACAUGAUUGUUGGAAGGGCAUUCACAAUUGAACAAUUGCACGAAUUAUCAACAAAUGCUAGCGAUCAAGCCUUCCCGAUCCAAGCUGUUCAUGGUAUUCUUCGAAUUGAAAGCAAAGACGAUGUGGCCAGGAAAUUCGCCAACGACCCAAACCACCGCCGGGGAGACUACUAUCGUCCCGAAAUUUCGAAUCCAUACCCUUACUCGGUCCUGUGGAUGAACGAAAAAUCCAACGUGGUGCGUCCCAACAUAAACUGCACGAACGGCAUCAUUCACAUCAUCGACACCGUGCUGAUGCAACCUGACGAUGUGACCGUGGGUUACAUUGCUUCCAGAAGUGAUGCCCCCUCCAUCCCUUUUUAUCACCCACUUUUAAUUAUUAGCAGCAUAAUAGUCAUGUUUUCUCUCAUGUUUUCUCGCCCCCUUUAAUCUCACAGGUUGUUUUAUCUGCAUUUUAUAACACUUCUUCCCCACGACGGAAUUAGAAGUAGACUGAGUUUCCUAAGAAGAAGACCAUCCCAUUUAAUAAUAUUUUUCGAGUCAAUAUUUUGUAUUCGUGUGUAGUUUCUCUCUAAAUAAGUUAUUUUAGCUGUUUAUAUUGCUCUCUGACUCCGACUUUCUCUUUGUUUUUUUUAGCUUUGUAAGUUGUGUAUGUACAAGUUUUACUACUCUGAUUAAUUUUUAUUGUACCAAUACAUACUUUACAAUAAUAAUUAAACUAUGUAAAAUCUCAGGCAUUCCGAUAGAGUCUCAGUGAAUAAUCUUUAAAAAAUAAUUCUAGUAUUUUAAUAAGUAGUUUUUGUGCAGUGUUGGAGUGAAAGUUGUUAUUUUACGCGAGUGUGGUCAGAACAAGAAGACUUGGAUAUGAUAUUCCUACAGAUAAACACGUUGAUAUUGUCAAUUAAUAAUUUAUGGAGUACCGAUUGCCGAACAGAUGUUCUAAAUAAUAGAAACAAAGACACAGGAAAUAGUCUUUAUUUUGCUGCUCAUUCCUAUCCAAUCUUCCAGCCUAUGCAGAUUUACGUAACAAUAAUAAUUCCCGUUACAAAUUUUGAACGCAUUGUUAGCCGUUAAUUAUCUACGUAAAAAUGUGUAUCAUGUAUUUACUAUACGUAUUUAGCUUGGAUGCAAUAUUUGAAGGAUGAUGUUCUUUAGUUUUUAUGAUAAGGUGACAUUUACAAUGAUAAGAGUAUGUACGAAUGGAUGAUUUUUUUAAAUUGAUAUUUUGGCUUGCACUGACAUGAGAGCAUUUUUUGUACUUUAUUAAAUUUUUAUUUUGCGUUGAAUUAAUUAAUCGUUUUGCUUGUUUUUUUAUUUUGUUUUUUCAUUUCACAAAUCUUUUUCAAGUGUGGAUCAUCAUUAUCGCCAUUAUUGUCACGUUCGUAAAAAAAGUUCAUGAACUAAAACUGCCAAUAACUAAAAACCUCUUUUUAUUAACCAAUUAGACAUUACGGACUAAAACUAAACAUACAAAAUGUGCAAUCAUUUGAUAAAUCAAAAUAUUGACAAAAACUGCCAUGCACCAUCCGUGCAGUGAUUGAUAUAUGAAAACGGGAAGAAAUAAUAAAUCCCAACAAAUCUUCAAUUCGAACGCUAAAAUAACUGCGAUUCGGACCAGAAAAGCCUAUCAUCACGUACUUAUACUGUAUUUGUAGCAGCAGGAACAAGAACAAAUAUAAAAUUAUGCAAAGCAAAACUGGAUAAAUUAUGAUGACACUUCUUUAUCUGGUUUCUUCUGUACUAAAUAAACACUAACUAUAAAUACAUUGACUAAAUAAGUGGUGGUAGAUUAUACUAAUAAUUACUACUGAUAAGUAUUGUACUCGUGCCUCAUAACCAUAUUCGUUAUACUUGAUCAAACCAUACAUAAGGAUUAGUUAGACAGUGAUGCUUAUCAUAACUUAGAUAAGUACGUAUGUAGCUUCCGGUACAUUUAAAUAAUAUCUUCAUCAUCGUCGUGAUUUGUAAUUCUUGAUUAAAAUAUUCUUGAAGAAACAGUCUUUACGCUUUUGGAUGUAGUUCGCUCGCUGUUAAAUAUGUAUACAGAAGAAGAAAAAGUGACGCAAAUUACCACUAUAUGCUAAUAAUUCUGUCCAUUAGCUUAACAAAAAACAAGUAUAAAAAACCAUUUCACGUAAUUUUAAGAUACUUACAUAAAAUAUGCCAAAAGAAAACAAAAGAAA